AUGGUUGUCGCGGCCCACCUCGUCGCGCCGCAUUGUAAUCUACUGUCCAUACCUCAAGCACUCAUCAGCAUUGCAACAACAGAUGCUUAUGCAAUGUUCUUCCGUCCAUCACCCUGCCCUGUUGCGAGCUCUCCAGUCACCUUCUCGUGGAUCCAAUCUUUGCUUUUUUACUUGGGAAUUCAUGACACGUCCACUCAGCACGCGCCGGUUAGGGAUGACAACAUCCUCUGGAAGCCAUUCCUCGGCGAAGUUGUGUGUCUGUGGGUUGUUCGCCGUGCUGACAGUCCCUUAACAGAACCUGAUGAAGACAAGAUGGGAGUGGCGUUCCCCUCUCAACAUCGUGUCUCGAUCUGCAUCCUACAUUGCCUUUCCGGUAGACAGUUCCUAGCCGGUCUACCAGGCUCUACGCGGCCUACCGAUCAACCAAAUCUCAACAGCGAUUCACAUCUGAUCUAUCACAUGAUCAAGGAGCUUUCCAGUGUCGAGGGCAUGUCAGCAUUGGAAAUUCUGUGUCACGUCGCGCGCUUCACCAUGCUUCUAAUUGACCUAGUUGAGCAGCUCAAAGGUCAUGCAGUGCUUCAAGAGAUCUCCCUCAGUGCCCUUAUGACAUUCGCACGACUUACAUCUCAUCUUAAGCACGAUGUUCUCCAGCCACAAAGCAUCUGUCAAAGUGACCCUGAACACGCACCUGAUAAGCUUCCCGCCAGCAUCUCUAGUUUCCUCAGUGAUGCACUGCGAAUUCCUGAACAACACAUCCAUGACUACUGGAGUCUUCUCAAGGACUAUAUCUGGAACAUGCCUACUACAGCACUUUCUAGCGAGGACUAUACACUAUUCAAAGAGCAUGGAUGGGUUUAUGGCAUUAGUAAUAUGGUGCCUGACCAGAAUCUUGCAGCAGCGCUGACUCUAUACCCGCCUAAUAUUGUAUGCACCAACCCUGACUGUGCAAAUAUUGUUCCCUUGAAGAAAGAGGAGCAAUGCAAAGCGGUCAUUUAUACUUUAUCAAAUGGUGUCCAACCCACAUGGAAUGUACAUGUAUAUUGUCUGAUGUGCCAAACAAAUUAUCACAACAAUUUCAGUGUCCAGGAUGGUGUCCGAACCUACUACAUGGUACGUGGAAGUGAAGGUAGUGAGAAUGUGGAUUGCGCAAAUGCUUCUCGGAUGUACUCAAGGUUUUCGGCUACCAACACUGCUCGGCUUUAUGAUCUGGCCCUGUCAGAGAAUCUCACGUACCUUGAUGGAUGGUCACUUGGCGGCCAGCUUACAACAAAGCACAUAUGGGAUGGUUUUAGUUUAGUGUCUUUGCUUGACGACCAUCAAACACAAGGAACACUCCUUCGUGUACCUCACACAGGCUCUCAGAGUGACCGCUUCAAGACUGCAAUGGAGGAAAGAAAUAAGUGGAUUAUUAUGGAAGGGCAGCCUGAUGCUGUUCAUCAUACCUGCAAAAAAUGCAUGCGCAUUUACAAAAUGGAGGAUGGGGAAUUCAGGUUAACAGAAUUAAUCAAUCAACAGGGAAAGUUCAGGCCAUUGUUGCGGAUGGCAUCAGUAUUGGCCGCCCCUGCUGUGGAAUCUUUCGAUGCACUGAGCCACUUCAAAACAACCAACACCGAUUUUGUGCCACACAUUUCGGCCGUCAUAAUAUUUGCACUAUUGAUGGCUAAAUUGAGGACGUGCGCAGACCCUAUUCACCAAGAGAUCGAGAGAAAGAAGAAGGCGCACGGAAAUGCUGCAUUUGUUCUGAAGGACCGUUGGAAAAAUGCCCAAGUGCUUUAUGGUGAAGAAACUCCAGUUGCUGUGAAUGGGGAGCAUGUAGAUGUUGAGGAUGAAGUUGAAUGGUUUGAGGUAAAUGGCAUGGCGGUUGAAAUCUUUAAUGAGCAGAACCCUGGAUCGGUCGGCGUCAUUGAGGAUCUUGAUCCUUGCUCAAAAAAAUCAUUGGACGGCAACCGCAAACUCAAAACGCAGCUCUCGAGAAGGAGAACACACAAUGAAGAGACCCUUGUGCGACCCUGUGGCAUAAUAUUUGCACGCGCAACCAUGUUUGGAGCAGAAGCCGUGUCCAAUUUUCUGAUAAUGCUCAAGAACGCAUUUUCCAUCCCAGGAGCAAGCAAGCCUGAACACGUAUUUUACGAUACAAAUUGUGAUGCGAAACAACAGGCGGACGCAUCAGGUGAUCCAUGGUUUCAAGACAUGGGCAUGUGCGUCGACGUCUGGCAUUUCCUGAACAAACACAAGGUGACGCAUGAGUUCUGCCAACUAAAUUGCAACCCAGCGAUGUACCCUGAGCUACAGGAUGAUGACGGGAACUGGUUUUUCAACACGUCGGUUGCAGAGCAGACCAACGCAUGGCUUGGCGGAUACAGCUCAAUCAUCAGAGAGAUGCUCCCUGACAAGUAUGAUUUUUUCCUUGACGAAAUGAUCAGGCUCCAUAAUGCCGAAGUGCUCCAGAAGUUGGAGAAGGAGGGACACUGCCCUCAGUCCAAGACAAGUGGAAAGGCGGCCUUCCAUCAGCAAUUGCCAGGCCAUUUUGAAGUUGACUUAUGUGAGGAUGUUGAGAUGGGGGAAGGAAUUGAGGAGGGGGAUGAUGGUACUGGUGGAGAGGAGGGGCUUGUGAGAGCAAAGGAUGAUGAUGAUGAGGGUCCUUGGGAUAUGGAGGAUGUCCAGAGGGAUGAGGGGGAUGUGGAUGACGUUAUGGGAGAAUCAGGAAUUGUGAUGACAGGAAUCAUGAGGGGAGUGAGUGUUCUUCCUUGUGACGGUAGCGAGUUCCUUGUCGAAGUCCAAACACUUGACAUUUCGGCAACAAAAGAGGAGGUGGGUGUCGGUAGAUACGGAGUGUGGCCAGAUGGCAUCCACUUGGACCCAGUGACGACUGGGGAUGUUGUAGACGUCAAGCACUUCGGUUCCAAGCUUCUCCAGGGUCUUUGGGCAUUGUGCUAA